AUGAUUGGAAGCGUUUGUAAGCCUGCUUCUUGAUCUGAUAAAGUUCUUUUCUUAUCAAUUGUGGAAUCUACAGUGGCACGCGCAGCUUUUACAGAGUAUGGGUAUGAUCUUACAAGUGCAGUUGGAUUUGAAGAAAAAACAUUUUAUGUAAAUUUACCUUUAAAAAUUCAUAGUGUGACCGUCUUAGGAGGAAUUAUUCUAAUCAAUGCAAUAAACAAGAAGAAAGAAUCAUUCGGUGAGUGUGCAAAUAUAUUCGCUUAUUUGCAUGAAUUAGCAAAUAUUUUGAGAAAAACUGAAAAUGGACUGUAUUUAUUUGAAAAUGAUACUCCAGAUAAAGAUGAGCGUUAUCCUAUGGCUAAGAGAGAUGAUAGUUAUCUGAAAGAAGAGGAAAAGAAAGAAGGAGGAAUGCAAAUAGAAUCAAUCUUAUUUGGAGACUUUGCAAAUAAAGUGAAUGAGGAGCAGAUAAGCUUUAUUACUAAUAUAAAAAAUUGGAAUAUGAGUUUAGAUGAGUUUAAAUCAAAUUUAAAAGAGCUUAACUCCUGCUCAUCAACUUACUAUCAAUUGUGCAGAGAUCAGCACUACUCUAUUGAUAGAGACCUCAAAAAAAUCCUUUAUUCUGGAACAAUUAAUUCUCUGCUAGCUUUAUUAAUAUUAGUUUAUUUUGAUAAUAUGUAA